AUGUCGAAUCCUUUGGAUACGGACGCUGGCUCUGAGCUCUUCAGUAGCUAUGAAGCCGAGUUGAAGCUUGUACAAGCCGAUCUCUCCCAGAAACUAGACCAGAUCCAAGAGUUGAGCGGCGAACCACGAAAAUCUGCCGUACGGCUCGCGGAGAGGGCGUUGGAAGAAGCACAAGAGUUGCUGGAUCAAAUGCGCCUAGAGAAACAGAACAUUCCUACCUCAACAAGAGCCUCCAUAAAUUCCCGUUUCAGAAACCACGAAACAGAUGUCGAUAGCCUGAAACGCAAGCUCAAGUCUCUUAGCUCAGAUAAAUCGGCUUUGCUGGGCUCACGAUAUACUGAUGAUCCCAAUCAACGGGAUGAGCAAGUAGAGCAGAGGCAACAGCUUCUCAGUGGGACCGACAGAUUGGACAGGAGCAGUCAUCGACUGCGCGAUAGCCAGCGAAUAGCAAAUGAGACAGAAGCCAUUGGACAAGGUACUUUAGCAGACCUACAGAUCCAAAGGGAGACGAUACAGCAUACGCGGGCGACGAUGUUAGAGUCUGAGGGCUACGUAGAUAGGAGUGUCAAGACGUUACGGGGGAUGGCUCGUAGAAUGGCUACGAAUCGGAUUAUAACGAUUGCAAUCAUCACGGUGCUAGUGAUCCUGAUAAUCGCGGUCGUUUACUCGAAAUUCAAAUAG